ACCACCAUCAUCCUCCAUAAACCAGGCCAACCAGACUACUCCACGCCCAAGGCCUACCAACCAAUAGCCCUCCUUGACACCCUUGCCAAGAUUCUAUCAUUGUGCGUAACCAAAAACCUCACCUUCCUGGCAGAAACCCACAACCUGCUACCACCGACCCACUUUCAUCAGGAUUUUGACACAUGUAUUAACCGCACUUUCCUGACUUUACCAGAGUGA